CACGUCCUCCUCUGUGGUGCGAUGCGCGCUCCCGCUGCCUGUCUUGCGCGGCGCCGUUGCUGCGGAAUUGACGGGGUUGCCGUCGGCGCGAGAGCGGAUACGGACACCCAGAUAGAAAAUAAUGAACAACAAAUUUGACGCCCUAAAAGAUGAUGACAGCGGAGACCAUGACCAGGACAACAGCUCACCGAAUGAUGGGGAAAAGGGAAAAAUUGACGACGAUGAGAAGGAUUCAAACACUACAAAAAGAAAUGCGGUGGUGCCAGGGACUGAUGAGCACCCUCUUCAAUUCAACUACUCAUUUUGGUAUUCUCGCCGCACACCGGGACGGCCCGCCAGCACGCAGAGCUACGAACAGAACAUCAAACAAAUCGGCAGCUUUGCUUCGGUGGAGCAGUUCUGGCGUUUUUAUAGUCACAUGAUCAGACCGGGCGAUCUGACUGGCCACAGCGAUUUCCACCUGUUUAAGGAAGGGAUCAAGCCCAUGUGGGAGGAUGAUGCUAAUAAGAGUGGAGGUAAAUGGAUCAUUCGGCUUCGUAAAGGUCUGGCGUCCCGCUGCUGGGAGAAUCUGAUCCUGGCCAUACUGGGAGAACAGUUCAUGGUGGGAGAGGAGAUCUGUGGGGCUGUCGUGUCCGUUCGCUUCCAGGAAGAUAUCAUUUCUAUCUGGAAUAAGACGGCCAGCGAUCAGGCCACCACCGCUCGCAUUAGAGACACUUUACGCAGAGUUCUCAAUCUGCCUCCUAAUACCAUUAUGGAGUACAAAACACAUACCGACAGCAUCAAGGCCUGGGAGGAUUUUCAUGGUCUAGUAAAUGCAAGUGGAGGUCGCUAGUGUUUAAUCCUGCAUGGUAAAACUCCCAAUGAAGAGGACGUGUCCAUCGACAGUGACCGGAUCAUUUUCUUGUUUUAAAAAACGAAAGGGAUCUCAUCGGCAUGAGAAGUUUUACCGCUGAAAGCAUCUGGAUGUGUGUUUGAAUACAUCACCUGAAAGCUCUUACAGAAGAAACCAAAUCAUCAAAAAGCGAAAUAUUCUUUUGGACCCCUACAGACGUUGAGAUUAAAGUGGGUGGAGCCAGCAGGACCACAGAGUUUAGCCGCUGCGAUAUGAACUAAUGGCUGGGAACUGCCACAGUUGUCUAAAUAAAAUAACACACCCCUGAGUAGUACAGACACAUUUACAUGAAUUAGCACUUGAUUAACGCAGUGUCCAAAAAAAGGUCAUGUUUAGGUCAUGUGAGGUCGCAGGUUGAUGGGAAUAUUUUGCUAUAGUGCAGUAUUUUAGCUACAGCGUUGAGAGUUGUUUUAACUUAGAACUGUUGUACAAAAAAGAGUUAUAUUUCUAUUUGAAAAGAUCUAUAAUGCAAACUUUAUUUCUUGUUGAUGGAGUGUAAACCCAAAGGACUGUGCCCUCCGUGAGGCGAGUAUUAUGGGUACCAUGCUGCCUGAUUCACUGUGCCUGGUCUUCUGGCCAAAACACAUUAUCGCCGAUUGUCAAAAUCGCUCUACAUCCUGGCACUCUGCUAGGGGGAGGAGUCACUAAUUUUAGAAUCAGCAGAAAUCACUCAAACGUAUUGAUGGAUAGUGUUAACACAUCUGGAGUUACUGGGGACUCUGGUAUCAACACCUCAACUGCCUGAAAUUCAGUGCUGGUGCUGGUCAAAGUUGUGUUUGAGGCUCAAAAGGAGAGAAAAUGUGGUUUAUGAUUGAUCACAGCAAUAAAUGUUGUUUAUGCA